AUGGCGCCCUUACAGGAUGUAGAGGAUCCCUCUCAUCCAAAUGUCGCCACAACCAGACAAAAUGCAGAAGCGCCCUUCUUCCGGCUCUUGCCCAUCGAAAUUCGACUCAAGAUCUACGAAUACGCUCUGUCAGAGGUUGAACCAAUUCACGUACAGCAAAUCGCGGCUCGAUCGAAUAAAUUUGCCCAUCAACCGGGUUCCAUAGCCACAAGGCGUGAAAUGUUCGUAUCUCGCCUCACACGGGUCAGUCGGCAGAUCUACCUUGAUCUCAACUUCAACCCAGUGUUCUACCGUGUCAACAAAUUCGAGUUCGAUGAACCGUGUGUCUUACUCCAAUUUCUUGCGGCACUCACACCUACGCGACGUGCAUUGAUUCGAGACAUCAAGUUGUCAAAUUUUUAUUGUCGUGGCUUCGAUGCUGGCAUCAUCGAAUUCUUCCCAAAUGUUGACCUCGGCGAUCAUGGAAUCCGAUACCUUUUUCACCUGAAGAUCCAUGUGAAGGUCUUUCAACAUUUGUCUACUCUACUCAGCUUUUGUCAUGAUCUCCGUCAUCUGCGAAUACGUGUUAGUAUGCGUAAGUACUGGGACGGCCUACCGUCGGUAGGCACCUUCCUCCUCACGACAUUCAUCAAUGCUGCAGCAUCUGAUGAAUUGGACCCAAGCAUGAGGAGAAUAUCACACAUAGAUCCAAUAUUGGUCUACCAUCAUGGCCCUUUCGAAAAGCUGCAAACGGAGGUCGAUCUUACCGACACAAGUCCUCUCCCAACGGAGAUUCUGACAGCUGACCAGACAGAACUGCUUACGCGGGCCAGGGUUGCUGUCGCAUCCCUCAAACAGCGUUGGAAGAGAGCAGAGAGAGAUGGACAUAGCACUCGCAUCAAUCCCACUGAGAAACAACUCCGGGAAGCACUUCAGCAUAGUCGAAUUGAUUUCCCGGGUGAAGAUCGCAUGGAACUCGAUCGUUUCAACAACACAUCUGGCACAGUCUCGAGCCGCACACGGCAGAAAUGCAAAAAGGAGGCUGUCGAUAUCAGUGGAGUCAUCCAGAGAACCAAGAACAAGUAUAAUGCCGAGGGCAUGUUGACAUGGCGUGCGUUCGACAUUCUCGGUUUGAGACGGAGCGAAUCUACCAUUGAAGUAGAGGUACAGAACACAUCUCGUUUUCAACCAUGGGAGUGCUCGUGGGAGCCCAUUGAGUCUGUCAUAUCUGCGGACAAUGAAGAUCUCUUUAGGUGGUAUUAUGAUAGACUCCUAACUCCCUCGAAACUAUACAUCUCCCGGUCCCUCCUCACAGCUUCAUCUGCACGCAAGGCUUUACAGAGGAUCCAAGAACAUCCGAGUCCCAAGGAACUAAUAGCAAUGGUUCCUGGCCUCUUCAUCGACUCUGUAUCAGAUGAAUCACCUCUGCAUAUCCAGAAGAGAAAGCGCCGCCGGGCAAAUUGGGACUUCAUGCAACAACAGCACCAAAACACGAUACACGGCCUUACAGAGUUGGUGGAGAAGAAAGCAUCAGAGGAGAAGAUGAAGGAGGACAAGGAUAAGAAGGAGAAAAAGCAGAAAAGCAAGAAGCGCAAGCGAACUUCCUCAUCGUGA